CAAUCGCCCUACUGCGGAGAAGAAGAGCAGAAUAACGAAGAAGAAAAAGAAGAGCAUUUAGCGCUGCGACAUGAGCAACAUGGCUGCAGUGCUCAGUGCUUCUCGUGUCCUCGGUACAAAGAUCCUGUCACCGAAAGCUCUGCUGGCAGUUUUCCCAGCUCAUAUCCGCAAGCUUCAUUUCUCCAUUUCUGGAAAAAGAGGAGAAGCUAAAGUCUCAAAUGCUAUAUCCUCACAUUAUCCAGUGGUAGAUCAUGAGUUUGACGCUGUGGUGGUCGGAGCUGGAGGUGCUGGACUACGUGCUGCAUUUGGGCUGUCAGAAGCUGGCUUCAACACCGCGUGUGUCACCAAACUGUUUCCCACUCGCUCUCACACAGUGGCUGCACAGGGAGGAAUCAAUGCUGCCCUUGGUAACAUGGAGGAAGAUAAUUGGCGGUGGCAUUUUUAUGACACAGUUAAAGGAUCUGAUUGGUUGGGAGACCAAGAUGCCAUCCAUUACAUGACUGAGCAGGCCCCUGCUGCAGUAGUUGAGCUGGAGAACUUUGGUAUGCCCUUCAGCCGUACAGAGGAUGGAAAGAUCUACCAGCGUGCCUUUGGAGGCCAGAGUUUGAAGUAUGGGAAAGGAGGCCAGGCUCACAGGUGCUGCUGUGUGGCUGACAGGACGGGUCACUCCCUUCUGCACACCCUCUAUGGAAGGUCCCUCAGGUAUGACACAAGCUACUUUGUGGAAUAUUUUGCUCUGGAUCUGCUGAUGGAGGAAGGAGAGUGCAGAGGAGUCAUUGCCCUGUGUAUGGAGGAUGGCUCUAUCCACCGUUUAAGGGCCAAGAACACAGUCAUUGCCACAGGUGGUUAUGGCCGGACGUAUUUCAGCUGCACCUCAGCCCACACAAGCACAGGAGAUGGUAAUGCCAUGGUAACCCGUGCUGGCCUGCCAUGUCAGGACCUGGAGUUUGUGCAGUUCCACCCCACAGGUAUCUAUGGGGCUGGUUGCCUCAUCACAGAAGGCUGUCGUGGGGAAGGUGGAAUCUUAAUAAACAGUGAAGGUGAGAGGUUUAUGGAACGCUAUGCUCCCAAUGCUAAAGACCUAGCCUCAAGGGAUGUGGUGUCACGCGCCAUGACAAUUGAAAUUCGUGAGGGAAGAGGUGUAGGGCCAGAGAAGGACCAUGUCUACCUACAACUCCACCACCUCCCACCUCAGCAGCUUGCUGCCCGUCUACCAGGAAUCUCAGAAACCGCAAUGAUAUUUGCUGGAGUGGAUGUCACCAAGGACCCAAUCCCUGUCUUGCCCACAGUCCACUACAACAUGGGUGGCAUCCCCACCAACUACAAGGGACAGGUCAUCACCUACAAGGAUGGUGUGGAUAAGGUAGUGCAAGGAUUGUAUGCAUGUGGUGAGGCUGGCUGUGCCUCUGUGCAUGGUGCCAACCGCCUGGGGGCCAACUCGCUAUUGGAUCUGGUGGUGUUCGGUCGUGCUUGUGCCCUCACCAUUGCGGAGAACAAUACUCCUGGAGAGAAGCUUGCACCCCUGAUGGCGAAUGCAGGAGAGGAGUCAGUUGCUAACCUGGACAAAAUCCGCUUUGCUAAUGGCAGCACCAGGACCUCUGAGAUUAGGCUUAAUAUGCAGAAGAUUAUGCAGUCUCAUGCAGCUGUAUUCCGUACUGGAGAUGUCCUAAAAGAAGGAUGUGUUAAAAUGGAUGCCCUCUAUGAGACACUGGCUGACAUCAAGACAUUUGACAGAGGUAUUGUUUGGAACACUGACCUGGUGGAGACAUUAGAGCUACAAAAUCUGAUGCUGAACGCUGUGCAGACCAUUCAGGCAGCUGAGGCUCGCAAAGAAAGCAGGGGGGCUCAUGCCCGUGAGGAUUUCAAGGAGCGUGUGGAUGAAUAUGACUACUCCAAGCCACUGCAGGGGCAAGUGAAAAGGCCUUAUGACCAGCACUGGAGGAAGCACACUCUCUCUCAUGUAGAUCCUAAGACAGGAAAGGUCACUCUGAAUUAUAGGCCUGUGAUUGAUUACUCUCUGAAUGCUGAAGACUGUGCUGCCAUUCCUCCUGCUAUCCGUUCCUAUUAAACAGUUCUGUACCUGAACAUCUCGGGCGUCUUACCUGUUUGUCAAUAAAUAUGCAUUUGAGAUCAUUAUGGGAUUCAAAAUGUACUUCUUAAGAUAAUAAAAUUGAAGGUUUCAGAAAUUGAA